UGCUUCAAUGGCAAGAGGGUUUUCGUUAGGGUUGAUCUCAAUGUUCCUUUGGAUGACGACUGUAAGAUCACCGAUGACACUAGAGUCCGAGCAGCUGUCCCCACCAUCAAGUACUUGCUCGGAAAUGGUGCCAGAGUCAUCCUCGCUUCCCACUUGGGACGUCCCAAGGGUGUCACUCCCAAGUACAGUUUGAAGCCUCUUGUGCCAAGACUGUCUGAACUUCUUGGCAUACAAGUCGUGAAGGCUGAAGACUCUAUUGGUCCAGAAGUAGAAAAGCUGGCGGCUUCACUUCCUGAUGGUGGUGUCCUUCUUCUUGAAAAUGUGAGAUUUUACAAAGAGGAGGAGAAGAACGAUCCUGAGCAUGCAAAGAAGCUCGCCUCUGUAGCUGAUCUUUUUGUCAAUGAUGCAUUCGGAACUGCACAUAGAACCCAUGCUUCAACUGAGGGUGUAACAAAAUUCUUAAGGCCAUCUGUAGCUGGUUUUCUUUUGCAGAAGGAACUCGACUAUCUUGUUGGGGCAGUAUCAAACCCAAAAAAGCCAUUUGCAGCCAUUGUUGGUGGUCCGAAGGUCUCAUCCAAGAUUGGAGUGAUCGAGUCACUGUUAGAGAAGGUUGAUUACUUAAUUCUCGGUGGAGGAAUGAUCUUCACAUUUUACAAGGCACAGGGUAUCUCAGUGGGUUCAUCUCUGGUGGAAAAGGAUAAGCUAGAACUCGCUACAUCACUCAUUGCAAAGGCCAAGGCAAAGGGAGUGUCUCUUUUGCUACCCACUGAUGUCAUAAUUGCAGACAAAUUUGCUCCUGAUGCAAACAGCAAGAUUGUUCCAGCUUCAAGCAUCCCUGAUGGGUGGAUGGGAUUGGAUAUUGGACCAGACUCUAUUAAGACAUUCAAUGAUGCACUUGAUACCACUCAAACCAUCAUUUGGAACGGACCAAUGGGAGUGUUUGAGUUUGACAAGUUUGCAGUAGGAACAGAGGUACUGUUGUGAAGCGGAAAUGAGGGACGCUGUUGCGUGAUCUAGCCCAGCCAGGUGAUGAAAUCCUUGUAGCGAGGGGUGGACAAGGAGGGAUUAGCUUGGUAGAAAUGCCAGAGCGUAGCAAGAAAAAGUUGAUGGCUGUGACCACUAAUGUGAUGAGAGAUGAUAGUGAUAAGGGCCUUGGAUUACAAGUUGUGAAAUAUUUGGCUGCCAAAUAUGAAGAGCUAGGGUGUGAAGUGAAAUGGAUGGGCAAGCCUGAUAAGGUGAUCUAGUCACAUUGGUCUGGUUACCGCUGUUAACUUCACUUCAUGCGAACCUUUAGCUUAAUACAUAUUUCUCUUGCACUUGACUACCAAGAUGAAUUUUGAGCAAGGCUAGUUUUUGCUCUGAAGCAAAGUUUGGUGUUGAAAUUUUGUAGAUUGUUGCUCAUAUGUUUCUAGGCUAGCUUUUGUAGGUUUUGGGGUUUUCUUUUGUGACAUAUGUUCAAUCAUGAAUUUGGAAAGAAAAUUAAUGGAAA